AUGCUUACGCUCAUGAUUCCGCCGUCGAUGCCUCUCUUCAUCUUCUUCAUCGCCUUCAGCACUUUGGCAAUCGGCGCUCUCGUGGGCUGGGCUUGGGGAUGCGCUGCUGUGGCUGCGGCUACGCGCGCUAGGAGCCAACCCUUGCUGGCGUCAGCGGUCCAGCGCGUCAACUCAUCAGCUGCUUCGGCAACCAAUCCCGAGGCGUACGUCAUCCAGGCAGUAUUCCAGGGCGAAUACCUAGAUGUGCGCUCUACAGCAGUCUGCGGCGUGUUCCUCAUGAUCGCAGUCUACUUCACUGCUGUUCUCCAGGUCAAGCUUCCAAAACUCAAGAUUGGCUCCAUCUUUCUGCUCAUCGUGGCUGAUGUCAACUGCGGUUACGGGCCGUUGUUCCCUUACGCCAGAUAUACACUGGCCGAGACGUUCAUGAUUCCUAUCGGCUGCAGCUUGGCCAUCUGCCUCGCCGCGCAGAUCCUCAUCUUUCCAGAGACGCUCGCUUAUUCCUGGCAGCUUCGCUUCGUCUCUAUGCUCGAGACAACCCGCGAUCUCGUCCGACUUCACUCUUCCGCACUUGCCGACGUCUCGCAAUGUCACGACUCCGUCGACUCCACUUCGUCUCAGACUGGGCAAAGCCAGCCUUCGGACGACUUGUUGCAACGAAACCUCACAGCCGAAGACGAGGCAGCAAAAAUUGCCGCUCAACUUCUUGCCAACAUCAAAACGAAUCGUACCGCCGUCGCCGAGCAGAUCGAGGAUAUCAACGGCCAGACGGUCUGGCUCGGAAUGGAAUUCUACCGAUCUUACCUCAGCGCUCACGACAUGAAGACCGUCUUCCGCAAAUCUCGCUCGGUCAGUCUUCAGCUCUCGCUGCUCAACGCCUUUUGGCGGAUGAUCAAUCACGAAGAAGGACUUGCGGAUCGUCAUACAUUUGACGAGGAGUGGGACCCGUCCAAAGCUGAGUUGGGCUACUCCGUAGAUGGAGAACACGGAACAGAGGCUUUGCCCUCCAAGGAGCGCCUUCGACCCAUCAGACUGCACGAGACGCACACGAUACACCGCGUGCGUAAGGACAUUUUCACAAGCGAAGCUCGGCAGCAGGUGUCCAUGUCACGCAUGCUGCGCAUCCUGCACACCGCAGUCUCACCAUCACUCGACGCCGCCUCCAACUCGAUCAAGGCAGUCCAGACCUACUUCAGUGCCAACCUCUCUUGGAGGCAGAAGCGUCCCAUCGACCAAAUCCUUCAAGAGCUACACGAGACAAAGACCGCACUCGACAAUUCUCGACGAAGCUUGCUCAACGAGACUAGAUUGCAACUCCUGCAGCCCUACGCUGAGCAUUUCCAUGCCCUGCAUCCCGAUCUAGACCUCGAAGAACACUUUUUGCAAACCAAAGAAUCCAUUCGCGCUUUCCGAGCUGGUGCGCGGCCGCUUCAGAUUUGCCUCGUAUACGUGACGAAUGUCAUCGAUGCUCUCGACGCUGUCUCGCAGCUUCACGACGAGCUUCUCACCAUUGCCGAUCGUGCUGGAACAAGGAAGCGCAUCUGGGCUCCAAAGCAUCUAGGCCGCUUCUUCGGCAUCCUUACAAGCGACAAGCGAGGAUCGUCCGAUGGUCUCGAUCGCUUGGGGCAGGGCGAUGGUCAAUUCGAACGUGAAGACGAUCUUGAUCGCGAUUUCCGAGAGGACCGUGCCGACACCACGUCGUCUGUUGGUGACACGCGAUCCAGAGGCAACUUGGACGGCCACCUUGACGACGAAAGCGACGUAGACGAGGAUGAUUCAACGCAUCGCUCCUCAACUUCCCGCUCUUCUCCGCAGGUAGACGAGGAGAAGCUCUCCGGUGCGGCCAGCGCGAAGCAGAACUCCAAAAACGUCAAGCGCGAGCGCCAACAGCGCUACUACGCUCGUGAUCCGGACGCUUUGCCGCCCACAAAGAUCACUCAUCGCAUCGGAAGGGGCAUCGCAGCUACGUAUCACUUUGUCACCGGAUCGACAGGCAUCUACGCGUUGCGGAUGUGUAUAGCCUCAUUCGCGAUUUGGAUCACCUUCGUGAUCCCACAUUCAGCCGGCUUCGUCUAUCAGCAUCGAGGUAUCUGGGCUUUGAUCAUGGCGCAAACAGCUGCGGCACUCUCUGGGGGCGAGAUGAUCUUCACUUUUGCCGCCCGCAUCAUCGGCACCGUGAUCGGACUGCUCUACGGAGCCGUGCUGUGGUACAUUUCGACCGGCAAAGGCCACGGCAACCCGUACGGUCUGGCUGCCACGAUGGCGGUAGGAUUCGUUCCGCUCGUCUUUGUGCGUAUAUGGGCUCCAAAGAUGCUCCUGCUUCCUGCCAUCAUGACGGGCGUAUCCGUCGUGCUCAUUGUCGGAUACUCUUGGAUUGACACGCACCUCGCUGUGACGGCGAACAGCGGUAUCGGCAUCGAACUUGCAUGGAAACGUGCGCUCUUAGUGAUCAUAGGCAUGUUCGUGGCUUUGAUUGUCAUGAUCUUCCCGCGACCCGUGUCGAGCCGCUUGCUGCUGCGCAAGAACAUGGCCAAGGUAACGCGACAGCUCAACGACUUGUUUGUUGAGGUGAUGGAGGUCUGGAUUGCCCGGAAUCGUACGCACAUGCAGCAUGCCGAACAGUCUGGCUUCACGAAUCAGAUCGAAGCCGGCGGUGACGCCAAAACGUCGCGAAGCGAUGCCAUUGCCAAGCUUUGGGAGGAGCGUGAGGCAGUGGUUCGAGCGAGGUUCAUGGCGGUGAAUGCCCGGAUCGCCAUGUACCCCAUGCAGAUUGGGAUGGCGACGAUGGACUUUCACAUUCGCGGCAGGUGGCCUGCCGAAAGGUACGUCGAGAUUGCCACGGUCCAUGCGACAAUCUUGGAAUCGCUGGGAGCCAUCGUGACAUCGGUCCGGGCGUUCGAUGGCUUGUCGACAGUACCGGAGGCGGACACCUCAAGGCCGAGCGCUGCUUCCAAGCGGGGCGAAGAUCAGGUGGACUGGCAACUGCUCAUGUCGACGUCGACGUCGCUGCUGGAUCCUCAAUACCUUUCAGAGAUCUGCACGGUGUUUGAUCUGCUGUCAAAAGCGUUGCGAAAUGGCGAACGUCUCAAUCACGCCUACUUCUCCUUGCUGGAGAACAACUUCAAGUACGCGAACCGCAACCGCAGUGUAGACGCAUUUUUGCGAAGGCAGGACGCCGAAGGCAGGGGACAGGAGGUACCUAGACAAGGCCAAGAUGUGCUCAACUGGGGCAUCUUGCGCGAUCCCAUGUACCUGCGCUACACCACAGCACGCAUGGCGUCGAUCACGCUCGCAGGCGAGCUUGACAAGUUCAGGGCGAUCGUUCAGGACCUGGUGGGCGAAAGCUCUUUGCGUGGGUUCGACAUGCUCAAAGAGACGCACGACGAACGCAUGAUGCGUGCCCGGGCUGCUUUUGACGAUGCAUAG